GGCGCCGCGCGCUCGCACGUUGCCGUGCCGCGCUUACUAUAUCUACUAUACACCACACGCGCGCCGUGUCCGCGUACGCGCGCGUGAAAUCCACACGUACGAUAUAUUUAUAUGCAUACACGGUGACCCGCGCGCGGAGAUAAUACAGUGUAAAUGGCGCUCUCGGCGCAGAACCAGUCGACGUCGUACGUGAACUUGUAUUACUCGAUCGUCCAGCGCGCGGCGACGCGCUACUUUAAGGAAUAUUACAACUCCGAUACUGGCGCGCCCUACGUACUGUACAAAGAUAACAUGGAGAGACCCCAGGGUCAGUGGGGCCCAGGGCCGGGAUCUCUCCAGGACGGCGGACUGUACCCGCAGCAGCAGCAACAGCAGCAGCAACAGGGUUCCACCUCGUCGGGAAGCCCGCAGCAGGCCUGUGGUCCUCCGGUCGAGGGCGAAAACGGUCCUCCGCCCUCGUUAGCCUCGCCCGUGCCCUCACCGUAUCCCUCGGCGCCUCCCGAGCCUCAGUCCUUGACUCCACCCGAUGACGACAUACAGUCGAGUCAGACCACGUCCCAGCAACAGCAGCAACAGCAGCAGCAACAGCAGCAACAACAGCAAACGCAACAGCAGGUCCAACAGCAGCAGCAGCAGCAGCAGCAGCAACAACAGCAGCAGCAGCAGCAGCAGCAAGUCCAGCAACAGCAGCAGCAACAGCAACAACAGACGCAACAGCAAGAUCACUCGCCGCAGCAACAACUGACACCCCACGAGGUGGACCGCAGUGACUGCUUCCCCGGUGCCGGUGAGCUGCAACAGUAUCCGCAGCACUACUUCAAAGAGGCCAGGCCACAUCCCUCGCCGUCCGUGCCACCUCACAUGCUCACCCCCGGUGGCUUCUCCGCGCUGCAUUAUCUCAAGCAACCCGGGGUGAUGCUGACGUCCCUCGGUCAAGGGGACGGGGGACCUGGCCUGGACGCGCACCAGUACGCCAGCCCGGGCGCGCCGAACCUAGCCACCGGACUGCCCGACAUCGUGCAGCAGAGCGGCAAGUCGUCCAAGUCCGGCAACAGCGACCUGCGUCUGUUCAAGUGCUUGACGUGCGGCAAAGAUUUUAAGCAGAAGUCGACUCUGCUGCAACACGAGCGGAUCCACACGGACAGCCGGCCGUACGGGUGUCCGGAGUGCGGGAAGCGGUUCCGGCAACAAUCGCAUCUGACGCAGCACCUGCGCAUACACGCUAACGAGAAGCCGUACGCUUGCGUUUAUUGCGAGCGUACGUUCCGGCAGCGUGCCAUCCUCAACCAGCAUCUGCGCAUCCACUCGGGUGAGAAGCCAUACCAAUGUCCGGAGUGCGGAAAACACUUCCGUCAGAAGGCGAUCCUGAAUCAGCACGUCCGCACACACCAAGACGUGAGCCCACACCUCAUCUUCAAAAAUGGGAUGACGCCGACGCUUUGGCCACAGGACGUGCCCUUUCCUCCCGAAGAGGGUAAGGAGGAGGUGGCGUCGACCUUCGGCGACACGGACACGCAGUCGGGCGCGUUCAGUCCGGCGCCGGACGCCAACUCCAUGCAGUACCCGGCUUACUUCAAGGAUCCGAAAGGUGGCAAUCACGCGGUCUUCGGCGCGGCUGGCACGGGCAGCUUUGGCGCGCUGCAGUAUAUCAAGCAGCAAGGCGGCACCAAGAGCUGCCUACCCGACGUGAUACAGCACGGCCGCUCAGCGGGAAUGCCGCUCUACGUGCGCUGCCCGAUCUGCCAGAAGGAGUUCAAGCAGAAGUCCACGCUGCUGCAGCACGGUUGCAUACACAUCGAGUCCCGUCCGUAUCCGUGUCCGGAGUGCGGCAAGAGAUUUCGUCAGCAGUCGCAUCUCACGCAGCACCUGCGCAUUCACACGAACGAGAAGCCGUACGGCUGCAUGUAUUGCGGCCGUAACUUCCGCCAGCGCACGAUCCUCAAUCAACAUUUGCGCAUCCACACCGGCGAGAAGCCGUACAAGUGCCAGCAGUGCGGCAAAGACUUCCGUCAGAAGGCGAUCUUGGACCAGCACACGCGCACCCACCAGGGCGACCGGCCGUUCUGCUGCCCGAUGCCCAACUGCAGGCGGCGUUUCGCCACCGAGCCCGAGGUCAAGAAGCACAUCGACAACCACAUGAACCCGCACGCGGCUAAGGUGCGCCGGAACUCGAGCGGUGACACCAAGCCACCCGGCACGCCGGUCAGUUUAGGCCCGGUGACGGUGCCGCGUGGCCUCACGCCGACGGUGGUGAAGCCGGAGCUCUACUUCCCGCAGUGCUACGCGCCCGCAUUCAAUCAUCAGCCGCCGGUGUCGAGCGCGCAGUUCCCUGGCCAGGCGAACGGCGUGUCCGUGACCGGCGAGUUCAAGCCACCGACCGGUCUGCCGCCGCAGUGACUAACCGUCCAUCCUGCCGCCUACUAGCAAGCAGGAAUCUCCGCGCUGAGGUUUCAGCGCUGCUUCGGUCCCGCGCUGGAGGCCGCCAACGCCACGUCAAACGUCGCCGCCGCCGUCGCCGCCGCCGCCGUUGCCAACACCACCACCACCACCGCCGCCGCCGCCGCCGCCGUCGCCGCAACGUCGUCCCAACGGUGCGGCGGCCAGCAGCCGAUCCAGCAACACUACCCGUGACAUUUGUCGUGCAUUUACUAGAGUCUUCUUGCUUUCCGCGGUUGUUUCGCAACUCGCUCGCACUUCUUGUUCCAUUGCUUAGCGGAGCCUCGGAACGCGUCGCCAGCUAGCCCCGAGAGCUCGACGGUGAACACGGCGGCGGCCGGUUUCUUCUUAGUCGCGUGUGCCCCGAGCGGACGUCCGAGAGACGACGUCUCACACCGGUCGCGGUCUCUUCGUCGGCUGAUCGUCGUGUUAUCCGACGAAUGUCUCCUGCUCUCUCUCUCUCUCUCUUUCCACAUCGUGGCAUUGGCUGUAAUGAAGAAAGAGGGGCCGAGGAGUGGUUCCGUUCCACGGAUAGUGACGACCGAAGAGAGAUCGUCUUCGUGUACGUUCGGGGAAGCGAGCGAGGGGAUGGCGGCCGGCUCUCUCCUCUCGUUACUCGCUGAUAUCGCGGAGAGACGACGUCACACAUCGCGGUUAGAGUCAUCGCGCGGUCAUCGUGUCGCUCUCAGGUUCGUAUCGGUUCGGUCGCGGUUCGGACUCGCCGCGAAAUUCGGUCGUAGCAAGUUCGCGACGCGUGUUCCUUUUUUUUCUUCUUCCUUUGAUCGCGAUCGUGCUCUCGGUGGGGUUGCGCUUUGGAUCGCGACCCCUUAAGGGUGCCAGGAUCAGUCGUCCGUUGCCGACUCAGCGCCACUCUCUGUUUAAUCCGCCGGCGCACGCAAAUCGCCGGUCCCCGCUGCGAUCCGCUCAACGAGUCGUCGAUCUCUCGCGCGAAGGACGAGGGGAUAUAGUGAGAGAGGAAAUGACCGAAAAGAGUGCGGAAAGCGGCACGCCCUCGCUCACCGUCGAGCUUCUUCUCGCUAGCCAGAACCAAGGUAAAGUAACCAACGAAAAGUCUCGUCUAUUCCCCCGUUGUACGUAUUUUUUUAUAUAUUGAUCGGUCAUACGACGUACCUUCCCGCGUUUCUUUCGUGGACAAGCGAAUAGCACGAGGCUAUUCGGGGCUUGCUCCCGCGAGAAGUAGGCGAACACGAGGAAAUCGAUAGGAACUCCUCUCGCGAGGGAGACGAACGUUCUAACGUUCGAGGCAAUGGCGGGAAGGGGGGGAGGGGGCAGAGACAGGGGAAGGAGGUGAACUCGCGGGGUGAAUUCCCGUGAAUUCCUUCGAAUCCGCUUAUCUUUCGCGGGGUGGUGCACGCGCCAUCCGGGGCGCCGUCGCUCACCGUUCAAAACGCGUAUCGCCAAACGGGUUGAAGAUGUUCGAUUUCGACCAGACUAAAACGAUUGUGAUACAAUAUUUAACUUGCCUAUGUUUUAAAAGAUUUGCGGGAGAGACAGGGAGGGAGAGUUAGAAAGAGAGUGAGAGGGUGAGAGAGAGAGAGAGAGAGAGAGAGAGAAUGUGUGUGCGCGUGUGUGUUGUGUGUAUGUGCGAGAGAGAGAGAGUGGGAAAGAGAAAUGUU